AUGUCUUCGAUGCAAGUAUCGGAAAUGUCCAAGACGUAUCAAUACCGAAAGGUGAUGAAGCCGCUGUUGGAGCGCAAGCGGCGGGCUCGCAUCAACAAGUGCCUGGAUGAGCUUAAGGACUUGAUGGUCGCCACACUGGAGUCGGAGGGAGAGCAUGUCACACGCUUGGAGAAGGCGGACAUACUCGAGCUGACCGUCACCCAUCUGCAGAAGAUGAAGCAACAGCGCCAGCAGAAGCGCGCCAAUGGUGGCGCCGAGACACUUACCCCUGCCGAGGGCUUCCGCUCUGGCUACAUACACGCCGUCAACGAGGUCUCCCGCUCACUGUCCCAGCUGCCCGGCAUGAAUGUUAGUCUGGGCACAGAGCUGAUGACACAUUUGGGACAGCGACUCAAUCAAUUGCAGCCCGCUGUGAAAGAGGUGCUGCCAGUGACAGCUCCGCUCUCCGUACACAUUGCCAGCCGAGAUGCCUACUCGGUGCCCAUUUCGCCCGUCUCCAGCUAUGCCGGCAGCCCCAACUCAAGUGUGGCCAGUGAACAAACGGGCAGCGCCUCCUUGUUGACCACCUGCUCUAGCAAUCUCAGCAUCAACGUAACCAAAAUGGAGGAGGUGCCAGACAGCGAGGAUGAGGAGAAUGUGUGGCGCCCAUGGUAG